CUCCAGACAUACUCGAGCUACGUCUGGCUUUGGCUCUACACCUCUCUACGCGACGCGCAUUCCAAGUCGCCAAGACACCCUGACUGCUCUUCGCGCCGUCUCGCGACUAUUGCCACUGAUUGUCUUGAACAAUUGGAGGUGCUCGUCUCCGCCGUUCGCGUCUGUGACACGGAACACGUCCGCCAAACACCAUCGCCCGGCCGUCUUUCUUUAUCAUUGACUCCUACCAUCACUCGCAGAGCCCUCUACACCUUGACCCGCCGGCGCCAGCACGAGUAAUAUAUUUGUUUUGGCUCAAAAGGGUGCUGUUUCCUCAUGAUACAAGUUGGGACCUACCCCGCCACGGUUCCCAUGAUGCACAACGCCAACGUGGGCCACACAGCAAUGGUUGCUGCUGUGCACAAUCCAGCUCUACCAGGCUCGCAGGACUCAAUCCUGUCCUCCGUGUCCAACACCUUCUCCGCGCCAGCACAGCCGUCGUCUUCGAGUAACCUGUCCACUUCAGAAACCGAAUUCAUACCUCCCUUGCCGACCAAUGUGGCCUCGAGUCAAGACGAUCCUACAGAGGUAGCGAUGCCAAAAUUGCAGAGCCAAGCCCUUGGUCCGCAUGUGCAAGCAAAUGCAACGCGAACCGAUGCAGCUGCCGCGAACGCGCUGCGAACUGGUGACACAACAGCUAGCUCCAUGUUACUCGGCUCCCCGAUGCCUCAAGGGUCCAAGAGAACGGCAGAUGGCACAGUGAAGAGUGUUGGGUUGGGGAUAGGCGGCGUAGUACGUUCUGCCCCUGCACACAAAAGAAACAAAAGCAUGGAUACACAUUCGGGGACACGGAUCGGAGAGCUUUCCGCACAGCUAAAGACGCGAUUGUCUUACGCUAUGGUCAAGGUCCAGAAUGGUUGGGAGAAGCAAUCGCUCGAAGAGCUAGAGGAGGUUCACUCGCAGCGUGGCUCUCCCAACUCUGCUCCUAGCAGGAGUGAUCGCCUAGUAUUCGACUCACCAUCCAUGAACGACGGUCGACGCAGACCAAGUGGUGUCUCUGACAUCUCCGAUCCAAUGAUAAUAUCCCCAGCGUCGGAUCCAGCGCGAUCUCUUGCUGCCACUCCAUCCACAUACUGGCGUCCAGGUACUAAGCCAGCCAUGAACGCUGCCGUAAGCCUCAUCUCUAUCACGGGCGCGCAAUCUGGACCUGGUCUUGCCCCAGCGCCCGACAUUCAGGCUGGAAGAAGACGCAGAUCUACCGUUUCGCAUGUACCGCCGCCUCUUCUGGGGUCGAUACCGAGAAAGCACUUCAGUGAUUUGGGUGCAGCGCCACACGUACCAACAACACCUCGGGCAGGCAUACUUCGAAUGCCAAGUCAGCAAGCUGAAAAGGACGCCGUCGACACCUUGCUAUUUAUGAGCAGCCCAAAUGGGUCACAGCGCUUUCCACAAAGCACACAAAGCACGCAAACGGCGCCCAGCCCGCUCAGGGCUGAAGCACCUCAACGGCGCGUCAUGUUUGAGACAUACCCUCCACAAGAGAGGCGUGUAGUAUACCAGCCUCCUAUGCCCGCCCCGCCUCAACAUCAAUAUGGACCGUACCCUGCGUAUCCGACAAGGUGAUAUCAGGGGUCAUUGAGGCCAAAUUUGGCGUCAGUAAAUAUCCCUAUGGCUUGACAAUUGCAUUGCAUUGCAUGGUUGGUGUUGUGGAGAUACCCAAUGGCCCUCUUUUGUUGUUAGUGUGCAAGCUCCCGCUUGUUUGGGAGGUUGUAUUGAUGUCUUGUUGGCCUUUGUGCCAGGUUUGCAAUUCGACCAUUUUGGGUUGAUCAGGACUUUGCUCUCAUUGUCGAAGCAAAUCGCCCAGCGAAAUACUACGGUAGAUAACGACGAUAUGAAUAUCCUUUCUUUGCACUAUAGAGAUUGCUAUCUUUAUGCAAUGCCAAUGCUGAGCCGCUAC